AUGUCCCAAAAAGCUGUUAACGUUGCCAUCAUCGGUGCUGGUCUUGUCGGUUCUGCCUUUAUUAGCCAGAUCUCUCGUCUUUCCAAGACUCCCAUCUCUUACAAUGUCAUUUUAAUUGCUCGGUCUACCAAGGCUCUCAUUUCCAAGGACUACUCUCCCUUGACUCUUGGUGACGACUGGCAGUCUCGCCUCAAUUCAUCUUCCGAUUCACUUUCUUCUACUGGUGACAUUGCUGCUUACCUUGAGAAGUCUCCCCUUCCUGUUAUUCUUGUUGAUAACACUUCCAACGAGUCUCUUGCUCAGUCUUACCCUCUACUCAUUUCCCAAGGUAUUUCUAUCGCUACCCCCAACAAGAAAGGCUUCUCCUCUGAUCUCGGCCUUUGGAACAGCAUUUUUGAGGCUUCUGCUAAGCCUAAGGGUGGUCUUGUCUACCACGAAGCCACUGUAGGUGCUGGUCUUCCUAUCAUUGGUACUCUUAACGACCUGGUCAACACUGGUGAUGAGGUUCUCAAGAUUGAGGGUAUUUUCUCCGGCUCUCUUUCUUUCAUUUUUAACGAGUUCUCCAAGCCUACUGGCUCUGAUGUCAAGUUCUCUGAUGUUGUUACCAAGGCUAAGGAACUUGGUUACACCGAGCCCGAUCCUCGUGAGGAUCUUAAUGGUCUGGAUGUCGCUAGAAAGGUUACCAUCCUGUCUCGCUUGGCUGGAAACAAGGUCCAAGGCCCCUCUUCUUUCCCAGUCCAUAGUCUGAUUCCCAAGCCCCUUGAGCGUGUUGAGACUGCUGGUGAAUUCCUAGAAAAGCUCCCCCAGUACGAUGCUGAUCUCGACAAGCUUCGCCAAGAAGCUUCCAGCGAGAACAAGGUUCUUCGUUUCGUUGGUAAGGUUGAUCUUACCCAACAAACUCCCUCUGUUGCUGUUGCUCUUGAAAAGUACGACAACUCACACCCCUUCGCUUCUCUUAAGGGCUCUGACAAUGUUAUCGCUUUUACCACCAAGAGAUACCCCAAUCCUAUUAUUAUUCAGGGUGCUGGUGCCGGUGAUGCCGUUACUGCUGCUGGUGUUUUGGGUGAUGUUAUCAAGAUUGCUCAAAGACUUUAA